AUGAGCGAUUUUAAAGAAAAACAAGAAAAUCAAAAAGGUUCUUUGGAACUCGAUGAUGAUGUUGAAAUGCUUGAUUAUGACCCUUCUGGAUCGAAUUCUCAAUCAUUUUAUGAAGACAAUAAGCGACAACAAGAAGGUUGUACCAGCGGAAAUGAAGUUAUGGAUGAAUUCAUAAAAAAAACCCCUUUUCAAACGUUUUAUGAAUUUAAAUGGAUAAAUUAUAAUAGGUUGAAAGACAUUACGUAUGAUGAUUCUAAAGGAUUUCAUGUAGCACUUUUGAUAGACGGAAAUAUAGAACUUGGAAUAAAUGAUAUCAUUAAAGUUGGAUUGCAAUGCUUCAACGAGGAGAAACUUUCUGAAGUUCUUUCCCAGGAAAUAGUAAUUGGAUUAAAAAGUAUUAUUCAAGAGACACAUAUUAGUUUAGGAUAUUUGAAUUCAAACAACAUUUUAAUAGACGAUUUUAAUAACGCAAGGAUUUCUAUUUUUACCAAUUUCAGACAAGGAUCGAAUAUAGCGUAUGCCGCACCCGAGAUUUUAGAGGGGAACAAAGUUAGUCAAGCAUCUUAUAUAUAUUCACUUGGAAUGGUUUUUUAUAAAAUUAUUUUUGAACAAGAACCACUCACAAGAUUCAAUGAUGAGGAUAGAUCACAGUUUGGACGAGAUAUUCCAGAAUUUAUUACCAAAUGUUGGAAAGUGGUUCCUUCUGAUCGUCCUACGAUUAAUGAACUGGUAGAUUUCUUUUCAAGUGAAUUCAUAUUUAAUUAUGAUUCCUCCCAAAUCAAACAAAUUGUCAAUCGAGUUUUUUCGUCAGAACAAACCAGUAAUAUACUUGAGCAAGCAACAAGAACCGAAAGAUUCCAUAAUACUAGAUACAAUGAAACUCCUGAACAAGAUUAUAAUUAUCAAGAAAUUGACACAUCAUUUCAAAAUGGAAUAAUUUUUGAUCCCAAUAAACAUAACAAUAAUAUAUUUUCCGAAAAUUCCAUAUCGGUAUAUAAAUCAUUACCCCAAAAAUAUUUUAAUAAUGAUCUUAAUCAUGGUCCAGUUAAUUUUAUUAAACCUAGAAUUGAUGGGGGAUCCAAAUUUGCUGACGAUGAUAUUGCAGAUGAGUUCAAUAAAAUUGAUAAAAGUCAAAUAACUAAUAUACAAAAGUUUGAAAAUUGUCAAAAUAAUACUAGGUCUGCAAUGUUGGCAAAUGAUAAAAAAGUUAUUAUUAAGAAAUUACAGAAAUUACAAAAUAAAAAGUCAAUAUUGGUACGAAAAAAAGUAUAUGAAGAUUGUAAUACUUUUUUAAUAAUACCAUUUGCUCCUGAAGGUAAUUUAAGGAAUUAUUUAAAGGACAAGGACUUUUCUAUAGAGAAAAAGGUUGGCAUUGCAAUAAAAAUUGCAGACGGAAUCAAAUAUUUACACAUAAAAGAUAUUAUCCAUGAAAAUUUACAUCCAAAAAAUAUCCUUAUGUUUGAAGGAAUGGCACAAAUCUCGGACUUGCCAUUACCAUAUGAAAAAAAUAAAUCCGUGUUUUUUGAUCAACAAUUUUUUGACAAUAUUGGAUACAUCGAUCCAGAUUCAUUAUUAAAUGAACAUUUUGUAAAGAAUAAAUCAAUGGAUAUAUAUAGUUUUGGAAGUUUGUUGUGGGAAAUCAUGAGCGGUAAAGUUCCAUAUUCAAAGGAUAAGGACGAGGGUAUUUUACAGUUGGUUCAAAAAAUUAAAGAUGGUUAUAGAGAAGGCAACAUAAUAGAUGCUCAUAAAUAUGAACUUUGUAAGCUUUGUUGGAAUGGGAAACCGUCAGAUAGGCCAACAAUUGAAGAAGUUUUUGAUGAACUUUUACAUUUUAUAUAA